UCAGCCAAUGGACGGUGUGGUUGGCGACCCAGUGAGGCUCCGCCGGUUCUCAACAGGAAGCGAGUUUGAGUCAGGCUACGGCCUGUGACCCAGACGAGCUGUCGGUCAUGUUCAAAACAGCGGCCGAUGGAACGGAGGGAGAGGUGGGAGGCGACGCCCGCGGUCGUCCGUUGGCCGUGGCGGGAGCGGACCCGGGCCGCUUGCACGGCCUGGUGGCGCGCGCGGCGGCGCAGCACGGCGCGCGGACGGCCGUACGUUACGCCGGCGGCGCGGAGGAGGGACGGUGGUGCUACACCUACCGCCGGGUUGUCUGCCUGGGAGACGCGCUCCGGGAGCGGCUGCAGCUACACUGCGAUUUCAGCCGUGGUUAUGCGAUUGGGUUGUACUGCCAGCCGACCGUAAACCUGCCCAGCUGCAUUUUAGGAAUUCUUCAAGCUGGAGCAGCUUUUUGUCCAGUUGAUCCAGAAAGUUCACCUCGUUUAUCAGCAUAUUUUAUUCAAAUGUGCAAAUUGAAGUACAUCCUUGUUCAGAAAGAUAUGAUACAAAAAUUCAGAGACUCGUUGUCAGCCUGGUUGCACAUUGAUGUUGAGUGUGAUGUACCAAAACUAAAUGUAAUACUUGUGAAGAUUCAGUGGCUGACGACUGAUGUGGAUUCCUUUGCUUCAGAACCAAAGAGCAAAGAAAAUGUCAUUUGCAGUAAAGUAGAAGUUUUAAAAGGGAGACUGCAGUCAACUGACAAGGAUAGAGGAAGUCAUCAAUAUAAAUAUGUGGACUGCUGUGGUUUCUUGGCCUAUAUUUUGCAAACUUCAGGUACUACAGGAGCUCCAAAAAUUGUUCGAGUACCUCAUCAAUGUAUUGUUCCCAAUAUACAGCAUCUCAUGUCAAUCUUUGAUAUUUCAUCAGAUGAUGUAGUUUUUAUGGCCUCUCCUCUGACAUUUGACCCCUCGAUUAUUGAAAUAUUUAUGGCCCUGUGCAGUGGAGCUACACUGCUUAUUGUUCCACCAGUCAUUAAAAUGAUGCCAAAGAGACUAACAGAGGUUCUUUUUAGUCAUCACAAGGUGUCUGUAAUGCAGGCCACCCCAACAUUAAUUAAAAGUUUUGGAUCCAAAGUUUUGACUUCUGUAGUGCUUUCAGCUAAUUCUUCGCUACGUGUGUUAGCACUUGGUGGUGAACCAUUUCCUUCGCUACAUGUACUGAAAAAUUGGCGUGAGGAAGGAAACAAAACCCAAAUUUUCAAUCUUUAUGGGAUUACUGAAGUGUCAUGUUGGGCCACAUACUACAAGAUUCAUGAAGAAACCCCACAUAGUACCAAACGAUGUGAAGACCAUGUGCCUUUAGGAUUUCCUCUUUUAGGAACUAUUUUGGAUGUUGUAGAUGACUCUGGCAAGGUAGUCCAUGAAGGAGAGGGGCAAGUUUUCAUAGGUGGUGAAGAACGUGUGUGUUUUCUAAACAAUGAAGUGACUGUGUCCCCAGGAAUUAUGAGAGCCACUGGGGACUGGGUAAUUGUCAAAGAUGGACUGAUGUAUUAUUUGGGUCGUAAAGACAACCAGAUUAAACGUCAUGGGAAACGUGUAAAUCUUGAAAGCAUACAGCAGGUAGCUGAAAGCUUGAAGGAAGUGGAAGCCUGUGUAAUGACCAAGUGUGAUCAAGAUAAAAUGGUUCUGUUUGUUGUGCCCAGGAGCUUACCUGAACAACAUAACAAGAGUUCCACUAAUUUCUGCAGAGGUAUCCUCUCUAAUCUUGGAAAACUGGUCCCUUCGCAUGCAAUUCCAGAUGAUGUUGUCCCGAUCAGUUCAAUACCGUUUACAGCUCAUGGCAAAAUAGACCAAACUCUUUUGACUCAGAUAUAUCAAGAAAAAACCAAAGCAAAAAACUCAAACUCAAUUCGCAUGCUAGGGAGAAAAGAAAUUUGGGAAGGUAUUCAUCGACUUUGGAAGGUUGUUCUCGAUCUUCCAGAAGAUCUGACUGAUCCCUCUGAUGAUUGCAUGUUCCUGUACAGUGGAGGGGAUUCCUUAAAAGCUUUGAGACUUGUUGAAGAAAUUGAGACAUUUGUAGGACAAAGGAUAUUUGGACUUACUGAAGUCAUUUUAUACGACUCAUUUCUAGAUAUUUACAAUUAUAUUAGCAAUGCAAUACUUUUUGGAAUUGAGAACAAGGAAGAACUGGAUGAUAAAAGGAAAACAAAACGAAAAAAAAUGAAAGAUAAAAGUGCAGGAUUUUAUUCAAAACAAAUUAACCAGUGGAAAUCAAUAGCCAUUAAUGGUAGCAUUACUACCAUAAGUAGAGGGAGUAGAAUCACAAAACUACACACAGAUUUAAGUUAUGAUAACUCUGCAGAUAGACUUAGUAUACAAAAAGAUAAUGAAUUGAUGGAAGGUAUUUCAAAUAGAGAAGAAAAGAAAGAACUUAAUUUUUCUAAUGUUCCUGAAAUUAUGAAUGAAGAUACAUCAUUAAGUGAAGAGAAAACACCAGAUAAGAAUAAUUGGCUGGAGUUGUUUGAAAGCCAAAUAGUAAAUCCAUCACAUACAGAUGGGAAAUUCAUUCCAGAUAAUCGCCUAACUUAUUCCAGAACUGUAUCAUUUGAAAUUAGAUGGAAAUCUGACACUGCAAAAUGUGUGGAUGCAUCACCUCUCCUGGUAAUAUCAGGAAAUGAUGGCUCAGAUGUAACUGUGUACAUUGGAUCUCACUCUCACAGGAUGCAAGCAAUUGAUGUUCUUUCCGGAGAAAUAAAAUGGGAGAGGAUUCUUGGAGAUCGGAUUGAGUCAUCUGCUUGUAUGUCUAGAUGUGGAAAUUUUAUUAUCGUGGGUUGUUAUGAUGGUCUCAUAUAUGUGUUGAGAAGCAUCGAUGGGGAAACAUACUGGACUUUUUGCACGCAAAAUUCAGUGAAAAGUUCUCCUAUUGUGGAUCCUGACCUGGGGUUGGUUUUCAUUGGAUCACAUGAUCAGCAUGUAUAUGCUUUGGAUAUUCUUGAUAAAGUCUGUGCCUGGAAAUUGCACUGUGGAGGAGGUGCAGUGUUCUCAACUCCUUGUUUAAACAAAUCACCAAGGCUACUUUAUGUGGGAACUCUUGGGGAUUCAUUGGUAGCUGUCAAUCCAGACACUGGAAGUGCAGUUUGGAAACGUUCCUGUGGCAAGCCCUUAUUUUCUUCACCACAGUGUACUUCUCGGUCUGUGUACAUAGGUUGUGUUGAUGGGAGCCUGCAUUGCUUUGGCCAUAAUGGCGAUCAGCUUUGGCAGUUCUCAACAGGAGGCCCCAUCUUUUCUUCACCUUGCAUCUUCAACUUUUCUGCAACAGACCAGAAAAUAAUAUUUGGAUCUUAUGAUUCUUUUGUGUAUUGCUUGAAUGAAGAUGGAAAUCUGGCGUGGAAGUUUGAAACAACCAAGCAAGUAUAUGCAGUUCCAUUUAUUUUUCCCAACUCUGAUUUUAAUGGUAGAACUUUGGUUGCUGUGAUUUCUGCUGAUGGAAGCUUAUGGAUUCUUGCUGCUGCAACAGGAGAAUUGAUUACUUCAUAUUCCCUUCCAGGUGAAGUCUUCUCUUCACCAGUCUUAUGGGAAAAGAAACUUAUUGUGGGUUGUAGAAAUAACUUUGUGUAUUGUUUGGAGAUCUCUACAUCAGAACAAAAAAAAAUACCCUUGGGUGAAAGUGAGUAAUUUCCUGAAUAACUAAUUGUACCUUCUAUGUAAGUACAAUUUUUAUCAUAAUUCAAAUGCAGGCAAUGGCAAAAUUUGAACUACAGGCGCAGCAGAUUUUUGUGUAACCUAAAUCACAUGAACAGGAUCUCACCAAUGCACAGUGUUACUUAGAAAAGUUUGCCGUUAUGAAAUUAGAUGGACUUCGAACAAUAUCCUCUACCACUCUGAGAAUUAGUGGACUUUUCAGACAUGGUUGAAAGGUGACCAUGACCUAUGAAAGAUGAAUAUUAAAUCGACAUCAGAUUUCAUGAUAAGAAUUUAAACUAAGCAAUAAGCCACUUUGUGCAGCCCUCCCAUUGUUUAUUAUUGCCAUCUUGAAACUUUGCUUUGUGUAAGUUCUGACAUGAUGACAAUAGUGUGUAUGGUGGUACUAUUUUAAGUUGUGCAAGGGAUGCAAUAAGAACCAGACUUCAUUGACAAAUAUUCCAUCAAUGAAUAGACCUGGGUAUUGAGCCAUCUGCUUAGAAGAAUGAACUGGAAAGUUGUGAGCAAUUCCUGUUUGCCAUUAUAGGAAGCUAGAGAGGGUGCAGAACAGAUUCACAAGGAUGUUGCUGGGACUAGAGGGCUUGAAUUAUAAGGAUAGGCUGAGACUGUUUUCCCAGGAGUGAAGGACCUUAUAAGGGGCAUAGGUAAGGUGAAUGGUCACAGUCUUUUCCCAGGGUAGGGCAAUCUAAAACUAGAGGGCAAAGGUUUAUGGUGAGAGGGGAAAGAUUUAAAGGGGACCUGAGGGGCAAGUUUUUCCACACAGAGAAUAAUGGGAAUGUGGAACGAGCUGCCAGAGGAAAUGGUGGAGGCAGGUACAGUAAUAACAUUUAAGACCCAUCUGGACAGGUUCAUGGAUAGGAAAGGUUAGAGGGAUAUGGGCCAAAUGCAGGCAAAUGGGAUGGACUAGUUGGGCCCAAGGACCUUUUUCCAUGGAGGUCCAUUACAUGGGUCUCAUUGUAGCAAAGGUUUAUUCGGACUUUGCAAAGUCUCUUUUCAUGUCAUUCUUAAGAAUUGUUCUCAAUUCUUCAUUAUAUUAUUAUGCUCCAACUAUCACAACCAAGGGGUAGACAUGAUGACUCAGUUUUAUUCUCUUGCCUUUCAUAAUGAGUUCUUAGGAUACUGGUGCUUUGUUGUAGACCUGUACAAAUUUCUAGAGGACUGACUAGCCUACUGUGAAACAAAACUCAUUGAAGCAAAACGAAAUUUAUUGGUCAUUGAUUUUGUAAUAUCUUAAGCACAAGACAUUAAAUUAUUUUUAUAUUAAUAAAGUAUUUGUUAAUUCCUAUGGAAUUCUGUCAAUAGUUUAAUGUUCCUGUGUGGUUGCUAUAGAUUAAAGUUUAUUUGCAUGGAAUAGAACCUGAAUUGUAAUGGGUCAUAAUAUUUGUUAUAAACAAUAUUAAUGCACUUAAAACAAACUGCUGGAGGAACUCGAGUCAAGCAGCAUCUGUGGAGGCAAAGGGAAGGUUCUGCAUUUUUGAUUGUGACCUUAGGUUGUCAUGAGUGCUGAUGCAGGGUCAUGACCUGAAAUGCAGACCAUCUCUUUGCAUCCACAGACGUUGUUUGACCCAGUGAGUUCCUCCAGCAGUCUCUUGUGUCUUCUCUUAAUGUGUUUGAUUCUGAUUAUACUCGUAGUGAAGUAAUUCUUCAAAAUGGUGGAACGAAUAAAUGCCUUAAUUAUGAAGCACCCUUUAUUGAGGAGUUUUUAGCAUCCAAUUGCAUUGGAGAACCACUCACAAAUACUAAAGUAGGUGACACUUCGGUAUUCUGAAGAGAUGUGAUUGUAUAAGAUCUACUUGCCUGGAAGGAUUUGGCUGCAGCACCUCAUGUUGCACAAAAUCAUUUGGGGCAAAGCAACUGCUUGAUCUGCAGACUGACCCCAGCUUAAACUAAUUGUUCGC